AUGCAUUGUUUGCUCUUAAUUGGACUGUUAUCAUCGGCGAUUGGCUUACGUUGGAUGGUAUCUCGACACCCUUAUUCUGGGCAGAAAAAAGGCCCAAUGUUUGGUGAUUUUGAAGCUCAACGUCACUGGAUGGAAAUUACGGUGAAUAUGGAACCAAAUGAAUGGUAUCAAAAUUCUACAAUGAACAAUUUAUCAUAUUGGGGAUUAGAUUAUCCACCAUUGACAGCUUAUCAUGCGUACUUAUGUGGUUUAGUUUCAAAUAUGUUGAAUCCAUCAUGGUGUAAAUUGAAUGAAUCCCGAGGACACGAAAGCAGUGAACAUAAAUUAUUCAUGAGAUACACAGUGACAAAAAAAAUUACAACAUUAAUGACAUUAUUAUUUUGUCCACUAUUAUAUUUGAUUGAUCAUGGACAUUUUCAGUAUCCUUUAUGA